UUGUAGGGUAAAUUCGUUGAGCUUCAUCCUGCGCUCGGCUGUAAAAGCAGGGGCGGAAGGCUGCAGACCACUGAUUCUGAUUUUGGAGGCUGCCGGAGACAAUGAACUCUCUCUGUCUCUUGCGGAGUUCGAUCUCAGUGCCCGUGCGGCCACUCGCACUCAGCUUUUUCAAACCAGCUCAUCCGACUUCCCGGAAUGUACUUUUCCCUCUCCUACAUCGUCCACUUCGGUUCCACAGAAAUUUAUCAAACGUAAGAGCUACAAAUGAUGAAGAGAAUGCUGCAAGAGCUGCUGCUGUCAAUGCUGAUACUGAAGCGCCAACAAUAUUUGACAAGAUUAUUUCUAGGGAGAUCCCUUCAGCCAUUGUUUAUGAGGAUGAAAAUGUCCUUGCUUUUCGAGAUAUUAAUCCACAGGCUCCUGUUCAUGUCCUUGUCAUCCCAAAAAUACGAGAUGGUUUGACCAAGCUUAGCAAGGCUGAACAAAGGCAUGAAGAGAUAUUGGGGCGCCUUCUUCAUGCUGCUAAAAUAGUAGCAGAGAAAGAAGGAAUCGCUGAUGGUUUUCGUGUUGUCAUCAACAAUGGUCAAUCUGCUUGCCAAUCUGUUUACCAUCUUCACUUACAUGUACUUGGAGGGAGACAGAUGAAGUGGCCACCAGGUUAAUAAUAUGCAAGAAAGGUUUUGGGUUUUGGCACUUCAAUUCACUUGACCAGGGUUUGUUUAUUAUCCUGAGAAGUAUUCUGUGUCUGUACUCUCUUCUCUUCUACAUGGUUCAAUGCAAUUGAUGAAUGGAACUUGAAUUGAAAAUAAUAUGGCCUUUGUUAUUGCUACCCUGCUUAGCAGUGCAGAAUAGGACCUCUUUCUCUACAUAGAAUGCUUGUUAACUCAAAGAAUUGUUAUCAAGAAAGAGAAUUGAGUUAUAGGAAGAAUUAAGAACUGUUGUGAACGAGUACUUGGAAGAACAUGGAAUACCAUAUCAGGUAAUAUCUCAGGGGACCCAAAUUAAAAUAAUAAUAAUAAUAAUAAUAAUAAUGAUAACAGGUGGACAGACUACUGUUUGUGAAGUUAGUUUGUUUGUUAGUUUAUAUAUUUAUUAUAUGUAGGGGUUGGAGGUAUUGCAGGAUAAUAAAAUGCCAGCAGGUCACACACACACAAAUGACAUACUUUCGUGUUGUGCAUAAUGUUAGGCUCUCCUUGAUGGGUCCCAUCUGUCAUUUUGCCACCUUGUAAUGAUCUCAUCGCCAGCUGUCAUUGGAUUUUUAUUCUCCCUUCCUUCCAUGAUUGACAUAUAAUAGUUUUUUCCUUAUUUAAUUGUUAUUAUUUUUAUUAGGAGAUAGGAUUGGAGUCGUCACUGUCCCUGUCUGUCUCUGUCUCCCCAUAAUAGCUGCUGCAGCUGCUGCAAUAAUGGAGCCAGCCUUGCCUUGCAUUGCUGCCUCGCCUUGAUUGACUCAGUGCCUGAUUGCUGUACAGUGCUGUGAAGCACACAACCAUUGGCUUUGCCAUUAAUAAUUAAAUAAAAUCAUCAUCAUCAUAGCUAUUCUUUGAUUCUUCUUCUUCUUCUUCAUAUUGAGUGGCUGGCAAGAUUCAUCGCUUGUCCUCCCUAACCACCUAAAUCCUCUGUUCUCUCUCUCUCUCUCUCUCUCUCUCUCUCUAUCUUGUUUUCUGUUUGCAACACGAUGGUGAACUACUGGAAAUCCAAGGUCCUUCCAAAGAUCAAGAAGGUUUUUGAAAACCCGAAGAAGGUUGCAGCUGCCGAAGCCUGCAAGAGCUUUGAUGAAGCUAAGG